AUGACAUGGGUGCCGUUCGGCGGGAAGACCAGCUCCAUCUGGGAGCACACCUUCACGCCGCUCCACCUCGGCAUCAUCCUCGCUGUUAGCGGGAACCUGCUGAUCGCGUGCAGCCUCGCCCUCCAAAAGUGGGUGCACAUGGCCUUCGAGCGCGAAGACGAGGAGCCGAGGUUAGCAGCGCGCGCCCGCACGCUCUUCCCUGUGGCGCUGCUCGGGCUGAUGCUGGGCGAGGUCGGCAACUUCGCCGCCUUCGGCCUCGCCAGCCCAACUGUGGUGUCGCCCCUCGGCGCCGUCGCCGUCAUCGCCAACGCCGCCAUCGCCUUCCUCGUGCUAAAGGCGCGCCCAGCGCCGCCGGCGGUGGAGGACCUCUCCCUUACCUCCUUUAAAACGCUCGUCACCGCGCCCCCCUCCCUCAUCUAUUUCGCCGUCGUCGGCGCUGGAAUCCUGCUGCUCUGGCUCUCGGAACCAAAGUUCGGGCACCGGUGCUCCAUCACCGUCCUCUCCUCCUCCGCCAUCUCGCACUUCAUCACUCAUUUGGGCGAAGACCCGUCGGUGCUGCGCUCUCCGAUCCCCUACCUGCUUCUACCCGUCCUCGUCUCCACCGCGGUCCUCCAGCUGAAGCACCUCAACUUGGCGCAGAAGCACUUUGACUCGAGCGCCGUCGUGCCGGUCUACUACCUCUCCUUCACCAUCUGCUCCAUCUCCGGCGGCGGUAUCGUCUACCAGGACUUUUGGCGCUUCACGCCCCUCACCGCCUUCGGCUUCGUCUCCGGCUGCCUCUUCUGCUUCAGCGGUGUGUCCACCUCACCACCAAUCGCGGUGUCUGCCGUCAUCACCGAGGGCGGUGUCUACCUGAUCACCAAGCGCGGCGGGCAGCAGCUGGCCGCCGCCAUCUGCGAGUCUGCGCGGAGCGUGGCGCCGUCGCGUCUGGCGCGGCUGGGCAAGGCGGUUUCUCUCGACGAGGGGAGGCGGGGCGUGUCAGGCCAGCGGCUGUUGGAGGAGGUCGGCCUGCCCUCCUCCUUCUCCUGCUCCUCCGGUGCAGCGCUGCGACCCCACGCUGGGCGACCCCUACCUCUGCUCCCCCUCUCUUCACACCUCCCCGCUGCGACCCCACGCUGGGCGACCCCUACCUCUGCUCCCCCUCUCUUCACACCUCCCCGCUGCGACCCCACGCUGGGCGACCCCUACCUCUGCUCCCCGCCCCGCUCCAACUCCGCGCCUGGCCAUGGCCAGCGGAGGGCGGCGUCGUACGAGUCGCCAGAGAGAUUGCGAGAGCUCAAGUCACGGCGGCUGCCCUCGCGUCACCCUUCGCGGCGGGGCGCAGAGCCGCGGCAGCUGGACUUUGGCGGCGCGGCGGGCGGCGACGGCGGCGACGCGGCGCUGCUCGGCGCGACGGUCGCGCGCGGGGCGCCGCACCAGCUGCAGCGGCUUACUUCGGGAGGGAUGCGGCGGAUCUCGACGUCGAUCUCGACGUUGCUUGACCGCGAUAUCUCCGUCGACCUCGACGCGACGGCGUCGCUCGAGCGGGGCAUGUCUGGACACAACCCACCUCCAAUGGCUCGCACGUGGUCACCCUCAGUGCGGAGGAGCGCCGGCGGAGGCUUCAGCGCCGCCUCGAUCGCCGAGGCCGCGGCGGCGGAGGCGGCGGCGCCCGCCACCGCCGGGCGGAGCAGCAGCGGCGGAGUGCUGGGGGGGCGCGGGUUUGGCUUCCGGGUGAGCGGGCUGGUGGGUCGGCCGCCCGAUUUGCUGUGACGUAGGAGGGCGUCCCCGCAGAGCGCGGUGUUGCCGCGCCCUCCGCGCACGUGCAGCGCACUCACGUAC